AUGCCUUUCUUCUCCAGUCGCAAGCCCGAGGACGAGGUCGUCCACGAGCCCGCUCCUGUCGAGGAACCCAAGCGCCAUGGACUGUUCGGCAGCCGCCGCGAGCGAUCUGUUUCGCCAACGUCGACCAUGAGGAGCAGCACGACAACCAACUCGCACAACACCGGUACUACUUACCACACCUCUGCCAGCAGCACCCAUAGCGGUGGCGUGUUCCGCAGGUCGACUGACGCGAGCUCAGGCCGGAGAUCACUACUCUCACGAUCUUUCGGACAUGGGAACAACGUCGAAUUAGACCCGUCGAUCGUCCAAGCCCGCGAGCGUGUCAUGGCCGCCGAGAAAUCCGAACAUGAUGCCGACCGUGCCCUCGAGGCCGCCCGCAUACAAGUCCGCGAGGCAAGAGCGGAAGUAAAGAGACUCGAGCUCGAGGCUGCCGAGGAGGCCAAGCGUGCCAAGAUCAAGCAGUUCCACGCCCGCGAAGUCUCCAAGCGUGGCAAGCAACUCGGACGUCACGAUCUCUAA